AUCGCUGCAUGAGUCAUGUAGUGUAGAUAGUAGAACAAUUGAGGGUGUUGCUCUGGGCAGGUUUACGGUUUGUAAUCCGUUCCACAUCGUAUAAUGGCUACACAUUCUGGUAAUGCUACUGAAGGCAAAAAUGACAGCGAGAAACCUGUGACUUCUCCGCUCCAAGAGUGCUACGAAAAUUACAUUCUUAUUGAUAUUGGUGCGAACUUAACCAAUAAAAAGUAUGGCAGGGAUUUGGAUUCCGUUGUACAGAGAGCUAAAGACGCCGGUGUUCAAAAAAUAAUAGUUACAGGCACGUCACUGCGUUCAAGUAAGGAAGCCCUUCGCCUUACAAGAAUAUUUCCUGGCACACUGUAUUCAACAGCAGGCAUACAUCCACAUGAUGCAAAGUCCUGGACAGAGGGCUAUUUAGAUGAUUUAAGGGAUAUUGCAUCAAAUCCAGAAUGUGUAGCUAUUGGAGAAUGUGGAUUAGAUUACAACCGUGAUUUUUCUACACCGGAUAUGCAGAGAGAGGUGUUGGAGAAACAGGUUGCACUGGCAUGUGAAUUGCGUAAACCCCUGUUACUGCAUGAAAGGGAUGCUCAUAAAGAUUUAAUCAAAAUAUUGGAAAAGUAUAAGGAAAACCUGCCUUCUGUUGUUAUACACUGUUUUUCUGGAACUUUCGAAGAAGCAGAAAGCUAUAUCAAAAUGGGAAUAUACCUGGGAAUAACAGGUUAUUUAUGCAAGGACAAAUCUGACAAUGGAGUUAGAAAGCUUUUAGAAUCUGGUGUCAUCCCACUGGAACAGUUGAUGGUGGAAACUGACUCUCCAUUCAUGUAUCCCAACACUCGCGCAUCUAAGUUGCCCCCACAUGUUAAAGAGGCUCUAACAGAAAGGUCUCUCACAUUUUUGCAGCGGUACUGUACCUUUCAGAGAAAUGAACCAUGUUCACUUCCUGCAAUUGUCGAAAUGGUUGGGGCGUUUAUGAGAAAAGGACCUGAAGAAGUUGCUCUAGCAACUGCAUUUAAUGCUCUGAAAGUAUUUGGCCUUUCACAUUAAAGCUGUUCUUCCUUGCAGAGUGUAAUCUCUGUUAUACUUUUGACUGUGCCAGUUUUUAAAAGGUUACUGAUAAUAUUUUGUACCACCAUGACAAUAUGACAAUAUGUUGUUGACUGACAAGUCAUUAAGUAUGUUGUAAACACUGUUUACCAUAUUGUGUCCUACCUGCAAUACUCAUAUAGAUAAGAGAAUUUA